AUGGCGUACCCCUUCCAACUGGGCUUUCAGGAUGCCUCAUCCCCUAUUAUAGAAGAAUUACUUCACUUUCAUGACCACACUCUCAUAAUCGUCUUUCUAAUCAGCUCCCUAGUCCUUUAUAUUAUUUCUCUUAUAUUAACUACAAAGCUCACUCACACAAGCACAAUGGAUGCUCAGGAGGUAGAGACAAUCUGAACCAUCCUCCCAGCCAUUAUUCUUAUUUUAAUUGCGCUGCCCUCCCUACGAAUCCUAUAUAUAAUAGAUGAAAUCAACAACCCCUCUUUAACAGUAAAAACGAUAGGCCACCAAUGAUAUUGAAGCUAUGAGUACACAGACUAUGAGGAUUUAAAUUUUGAUUCUUACAUGAUCCCAACAUCAGACCUGAAUCCAGGUGACCUACGACUACUAGAAGUUGACAAUCGAGUUGUACUUCCCAUAGAACUCCCAAUCCGCAUGCUAAUCUCCUCGGAAGACGUACUUCACUCAUGAGCCGUACCAUCACUAGGACUAAAAACAGAUGCCAUUCCCGGACGCUUAAAUCAAGCCACACUUAUCUCAACUCGACCAGGACUUUUCUAUGGUCAGUGCUCAGAAAUUUGUGGCUCAAACCAUAGCUUUAUACCUAUUGUCCUCGAAAUAGUUCCACUUAAACACUUCGAAAACUGAUCCCUAUCUAUGAUUUAG